AUGGACGCCCUCCAGCCGCAGCCGGACCCCGACGGCGGGGACGGCCCGGGCCGCGAGCCCGGGGGCAGCUCCCAGGACGAGCUGGACUUCUCCAUCCUCUUCGACUAUGACUAUGACUAUUUGCUGCCAGAAGAGUCGAGCGCACGUAAGGUCGGCAGCCCGUCCGCCGGACUCGCGUACCCGGAUGCCGCUCCGGACUAUGACCCCCAGCUCCUGGGGGAGCCCCGAUUCGGAGAGCCGGCUAGGGUGGGGGCCCAGAACUUUCUGAGCGCAGUGAAGCCAUCAGGGACCCUGAGCGUGAGCCCGCGGAUUGAGAUCACUCCGUCCCACGAACUGAAUCAGGCGGGAGGGUCCCUCGGAGGCCGAGACGCCGGCCUGCCAGGGGGGCAGCAGCCCCCAUGCGGCGUCACGCUGCCCGUGCCCGGCCUGGAGGGCUACCGCGACCCGCCUUGCUUGAGCCCCGCCAGCAGCGCGUCCUCUGCCAGCUUCAUUUCCGACUCCUUCUCCCCUUGCACCUCACCCUGCGUCUCGCCCAAUAACGGCGCCGGGCCCGAGGACCUGUGUCCCCAGUUUCAAAACAUCCCUGCUCAUUAUUCCCCCAGAACCUCGCCAAUAAUGUCACCUCGGACCAGCCUAGCCGAGGACAGCUGCCUGGGCCACCACUCGCCCGUGCCCCGCCCGCCCUCACGCUCCUCGUCGCCCGGAGCCAAGCGGCGGCACUCGUGUGCCGGGGCAUCGGCCGCCCUGCUGCCCGGAGCCUCGCCCCAGCGGUCCCGCAGCCCCUCGCCGCAGCCCCGGGACGAAGGCCCCUCUGCUGGCUACCCCCCGGCCGCCGCCGGCUCCAGCGUGAUCAUGGACGCGCUCAGCAGCCUGGCGGCCGACUCCUGCGGCAUCCCCUCCAAGAUGUGGAAGACCAGCGCCGAGCGGGCCCCCGGCCCCGCCGCCCCUGCCAAGGCCGGCCUGGCCCACCACCUCUACCCUGCCGCCGUGGAGUUCCUGGGCCCCUGCGAGCAGGAGGAGGAGAGGAGGAACUCGGCGCCCGAGUCCAUCCUGCUGGUGACGCCCACGUGGCCCAAGCAGCUUGUGCCGCCCCCGUUCUCCAUCUGCAGCGUCCCGCCGCUGGAGUGGCCGUUGGCCCAGCAGUCCGGCUCCUACGAGCUGCGGAUUGAGGUGCAGCCGAAGCCACACCACCGGGCCCACUACGAGACGGAAGGCAGCCGGGGAGCCGUGAAGGCGCCCACGGGUGGCCACCCUGUGGUCCAGCUGCACGGGUACAUGGAGAACAAGCCACUGGGCCUGCAGAUCUUCAUCGGGACGGCGGACGAGCGCAUCCUGAAGCCGCAUGCCUUCUACCAGGUGCACCGCAUCACUGGCAAGACCGUCACCACCACCAGCUACGAGAAGAUCGUGGGCAACACCAAGGUCCUGGAGAUCCCCCUGGAGCCCAGGAACAACAUGAGGGCGACCAUCGACUGCGCGGGCAUCCUGAAGCUGAGGAACGCCGACAUCGAGCUGCGCAAGGGCGAGACGGACAUCGGCAGGAAGAACACGCGGGUGCGGCUGGUCUUCCGGGUGCACAUCCCCGAGGCCGGCGGGAGGGUCGUGUCCCUGCAGGCCGCGUCCAACCCCAUCGAGUGCUCCCAGAGAUCGGCCCACGAGCUGCCCAUGGUGGAGAGGCAGGACAUGGACGGCUGCCUGGUGUACGGGGGUCAGCAGAUGAUCCUGACGGGGCAGAACUUCACGGCCGAGUCCAAAGUCGUGUUCACGGAGAAGACCACAGAUGGGCAGCAGAUCUGGGAGGUGGAGGCCACGGUGGACAAAGACAAGAGCCAGCCCAACAUGCUUUUCGUGGAGAUCCCCGAGUACCGGAACAAGCACAUCCACACGUCGGUGAAGGUGAGCUUCUACGUCAUCAACGGGAAGAGGAAACGAAGCCAGCCCCAGCACUUCACCUACCACCCAGUGCCCGCCAUCAAGACGGAGCCCAGCGACGAGUACGACCCCGCCCUGAUCUGCAGCCCGGCGCACGGGGCCUUGGGGAGCCAGCCCUACUACGCACAGCACCCCAUGGUGGCCGAGUCCCCGUCCUGCCUGGUGGCCACCAUGGCGCCCUGCCAGCAGUUCCGCCCAGGGCUGUCCCCGCCGGACACCCGCUACCAGCCGCAGGCGCCGGCGGCCGUCCUGUACCAGCGAAGCCGGAGCCUGAGCCCCACCCUCCUGGGCUACCAGCAGCCGGCCCUCAUGGCCGCACCCCUGCCCCUGGGGGACGCCCACCGCUCCGUGCUGGUACACGCGGGUGCCCAGGGCCCCGGCCCGGCCGCCGCCACCCCCCAGGCCUCGCCUGUGAUCCACUACUCGCCCACGCCCCAGCAGCUGCGCUGUGGUGCCCCGGAGUUCCAGCACAUCAUGUACUGCGAGAACUUCGGGCCCGGCGGCGGCGCCCGGCCUGGCCCGCCCCCCUCUGUCCCCCCAGGUCAGAGACUGAGCCCCGGCUCGUACCCCACGGUCAUUCAGCAGCAGAAUGCCGCCAGCCCCCGGGCCGCCAAAAACGGACCCCCGGUCAGUGACCAAAAGGAAGCGUUGCCCGCGGGGGUGACCAUUAAGCAGGAACAGAACUUGGACCAGACCUACUUGGAUGACGAGCUGAUAGACACACACCUUAGCUGGAUACAAAACAUAUUAUGAAACAGAGUGACAGUGAUCUUUGAUCCGAGAAAUCAGAGUGAAAGGUAAU